GAGUGAUAGUUCCAGCUCGUAAACUCGCUCCUCGUUAUCGAGCUAUGACUUCAGCUUCUUUUUGGCUACCUUUUAUAUGACUCUUACUAUUGCUGCUAAUAGAUACCUGCUUGCUUCUUGCUUACUGGCAACCUUUAUAAGAUCUCCACCUUCAAGCUUUAGUACAAGCAGCUCUUUCAAAAAGGGGAAUUCCCCUAUCCGAGAUGGGCUCUUGAAAGAUCUCCCUCGACAGCGCAGUUAAGUCUUAGAGAAGGAACUGAUUUACCUAAGUAAGUAGCCAACUUCCGAUAAUAAUUCCUUGCUUUGCGCUAGAUUCAGUAUGAUGAUACACAUUUUUGAAAUAACAAGGGAAAAUAGCUCUUCUUAAGAGAAUGGCUGCUUUGGGGAGUUCUCUUUCCCUCUAACCUGUAACUCGAAAUUGAAUAAGAGAAGACAAAGCUACGCAUUCACUCGUAGCACUCGUUAGGCCUCAGUCAUUAGGCCUCCCAUUCAAAUGAAAAGGCCGACAUGGAGCCAUGCGCAUGAUUCCAAGAGUCACUAGAGGCGAAACUUAGUAAGAAUAACCAGUAAUGUAACGAAUGGAUGAAGCAAGCACUUUUAGAUGGUAUCGAUCAGAGCCAAUCAACCCUGUUCUUUCCUGAUUAUCGUUACAACAAUCCCACUAGCCGAAAUGGAAUCCGUCAAGUAAGAAAUAAGCCAGAGAUCCAGAUCAUUAGAAUACGUCACCGGUCCGAGAUGGGCCUCAUCGCGAAAAAGAGUAUGUUAUUCCGGAGUAGUAGCGCUAGCGGCGCAGAAGGAGAAAGUAGCUAAGCGCUAAGAAGCUAUCUAGAUAGUUUCCAGCCGAGGGUUGCUUGCUUCCAUUCAGGUAGCUAUUGCUGAGAAAUGGCCGAAAAAAGUCAAGUCUUAUUCCACUCGCUUUCUCUCUUUCUGUAUCGGAUUUUCUGCUUUCAAGCGCUACGCCCCUUUCAUAUUUCUCUCCUUUAUCUUUCCGAAGGGGAAGAAAGUUCUUUUAUCAACUUUUUGCCCUCUUUGCCUUUUGAAUCAAAGUAGGUUGCGAGCUUGUUGUAUUAGUAGUCAGUCAUUAAGAUUAAGCUUCUUCUGUUAUAGAAAGCUUAAAGUUUAUAGUAAGAGUAAGGCAUUCUGGGGGGAAGGAAAGCUUCUACGACAAGUCGCUUCUAGAAUGCCGACUACUAGGAAGGCCGACCACCACAUAAGCUAAAAGACUACAACUACAAGCCAAGCCGGAAGCGACUCGCUUCUAUUCUCGUUGGGAUUGGAUAUAGAUGGGGAAUCUAUAGAUCGUAGUAGUUCGCCAACCUCUCUAACUAACAUACGAUACAAUUUCACUUCAUGUCACAGCAAAAAAAAAAGAAAGAGCUUCGCUCGGUGGGCCUUCCUACGCUGACGAAUGCCUC